AUGACCACUUCCUCUCCAACAUUCGUUCUUAUAGCUCGCUUGCAGCAAACAGACAUAUUGAAACAAACCAUCGUACAGAACUUGCAAAACUGUCUACAUAAUGUCAACUCCUACAUUGCAUCAUUCAAAGCUGCCAUUGAAAUCACCCGCCACACUGACAUACAGAUCCUUCUACAUGCCGACAAAAAACAUCAACCAAGCACUGAACACUGCCGCCGCUACAACUUGCCACAAACUUCCGAAGUAUCAGCCCUAAUCCCAGGAGAAAUUGGGGAACACUUGGACAUCAUCCUUCAUUGCCGGAACGGUCCGUUGAAACGCAUUAAUACCUUACAUCGCUCAUAUGAUCCACUUCACUACAUUCUACUCUUUCCUCACGGCACAGAUGGCUGGCAGCUCACCCUCACCAAAACAGAUAAUAGGAUCCUAACUGCCUUAGAUUUUUACAGCUUUAACCUACAGAUUCGCCACAAUAACUUCAACAUCAUCAUGCGCUGUCGACGACUUAUGCAACAGUACGCUGUUGACCAAUGGGCAAAAAUAGAGCUAUCACGUUUACAGUGGGUGAAGCAAAACCAGCGAUCAAUCAGGGCGGAAAAAUAUACAGGUCUCUUCGACGCUGUCCACUCCGGCGACACCGUCAACCCAGGACGAAAGUUGGGAAAGCCUGACUACUUCAUCACCUUCACCACCAAUCCAAAAUGGCCUGAAAUACAGGAGGCACUACACCCAGGAGAAUCGCCACAGGACCGUCCAGACCUAGCAGCCAGGGUGUUCAAGCUGAAGUUGGAUUCCCUCAUCAGUGAUAUUACGAAACGACAGGUCCUCGGCAAAGUCAGUGCGUACACCAUUACCAUUGAAUGGCAGAAGCGAGGCCUCACACACGCCCACAUCUUGCUGAUAAUGACAGAUGACUCCAAACCGCGAACACCAGAGCUAAUCGAUCAAGUUGUUUCUGCAGAACUCCCAGACAAGGCAACAAACCCCCAACUCCACCAAAUAAUCUCCUCCAACAACAUCCAUGGACCCUGUGGCAGCAUCAACCUUAACAGUCCAUGUAUGGAUGGGACUGGCGUUGAGAGGAAGUGUACGAAGAACUUUCCCAAACCGUUCUCACUCCACACAAUUGUCACUGAAGAUAACUACCCCACUUAUCACCGUCGCUCGCCACAACAGGGAGGUCACACUCAUGAAAUGACAGUUUGCCGCAACGACUUCCUCUGUGACAACUCCUUUAUCGUACCCUACAACCCGCUCCUAUCACUUCGAUAUUUAGCGCACAUCAACAUCGAAGUUGUUCACUCAGUCCAAGCAGUAAAAUACUUAUACAAGUACAUCACAAAAGGCCAAGACCGCAUCAUCUUCUCCCUGACAGCUGAUGGGACACAAGUGGCAGUACUAGAUGAAGUCGAAAACUACCUUAACGCACGAUACAUCUCAGCCAACAUAGAUGCACGCAGUAUCUUAUACCCGGACUUCCCACGCUACUUCACAUGGAAUGGCAGCAAAAAGCAAUGGCAGCGUCGCAAACGAGGCACCAAACUCACCAAUACCCAACACUUCCAGACAGACAAUGUUGGCCGCAUACCAACAAUCUCCCUCAGCCCACAUCAAUCAGAACUAUACCACCUUCGAACACUGCUUCACCACAAGGCGGGUGCACAAACAUAUGAAGAAAUGCGUACAGUCAAUGGUGUGGAAUGCGGAACAUUCCAAGAAGCCUGCCUUCAACUUGGACUGAUCACCGAUGACAAGGAAAUACAUCGCACAAUGACAGAGGCCUGCACCAUUCGAUUUGGGGACCAACUCAGAAACUUCUUCUCCACACUGCUGAUGUAUUGUCGCCUGGCAGACCCCAAUCAAUUUUGGACCACCUGGAAAGAAGAAUUGUGCCGAGACUACAUGUAUCGAGACAAAGCCACAACACUAUCCAACUACAAUGAAAAUGAGGCCCUCCAACACAUACAAAACAUCCUACAAAGAGAGAAUUUAGACCUAGCUACCGACUUCCACCUACCAAUCCCAGACGCCACCAUCAUCAACACAACAAGCACCAGAAGAAUAAUAGUAGAAGAAACCUUUGACACUACACUCCUACAAGAAUCUGCCCCCCAGCUCAUCAACACCCACAACCCAGAACAAAGACAGGUCUUUGAGUUGAUCAUGAGUGCAGUGAACGAUAACGCCAGGAAGAUAUUUUGUUUGAAUGCAAGUGGCGGCACAGGCAAAACAUACCUCAUCAAUGUCCUACUCACAACCAUACGUGCAGAAGGAAACGUAGCUCUUGCAACAGCCUUAUCAGGCAUUGCAGCAACGCUCCUCAACAACGGUCGCACCCUCCAUUCCCGCUGUAAAAUCCCUAUCAAUCUCACUGAACACUCCACCUGCAACAUCUCAAACAAAGAUGCCACAGCUGACCUCCUCCGUCUGGCCAAAAUACUCAUCAUCGAUGAAGUUUCAAUGGGACACAAACACAUCUUCGAAUGCCUGGACCGCUCCUUACAAGAUAUCCGAGACAGUGAACACCUCUUUGGCGGCCUCAUUGUACUCUUUGCUGGAGACUGGAGACAGAUAUUGCCUGUAGUACCCCACGGCAGCCGACCGCAGAUAGUAGAGGCUACACUCAAGAAAUCAUACCUGUGGUCCAGCAUUCAAACACUCCAACUCACCUGCAAUAUGCGAACAAACACACAAGACACCACAAACUUCCCACAAUAUCUCACAAACAUUGGCAAUGGUACUGAAACACCCUAUCCAGACAUUGGCCCACACACCAUCAAGGUCCCCGAACACUUCACACAGAACAUCACAUCUCUCACAGAUCUAUGCAACUUCGUCUUCACCAACUUACCACAGAACUUCACCCAAGCAGAAUGGUUGUCUUCAAGGGCAAUUAUUGCUCCAACAAAUAAGGCUGUGCAAGAAAUCAACACCUUCGUCAUAGACAGAUUUCCAGGUACAUCAGUGGAAUACAAGAGCUGUGACACCAUCCUUGAAAACGAACAUCAAUACCCAUUGGAAUUCAUCAACCGCUUGAAUCCUGCUGGCCUCCCACCGCACAGACUCAUCUUGAAAAUGAACUGCUGCAUCAUGCUCCUGCGCAAUUUCGAUCCACUUAACGGACAUUGUAAUGGCACACGCUACACCAUAACAGGCCUUCAUCAACACAUCAUUGAAGCUGUCAUUGCAACAGGCCCCACGCUGGAAAGAGACUAUUCAUCCCAAGAAUACCAAUGGCACCCAGCAACAACACAUUCCCCUUCCAAAUGCAACGCCGUCAGUUUCCAAUUCGCCUGGCAUUCGCCAUAA